AUGCUUUCUUCGUUGAAAUACCUCCUUGGAGGUGCGUUAGCCAUCUUGUCCAUAACCCCGAGCGUCAAUGGACAGACCUAUCCCGGCCCGGGUGCGGUCUCAGGCAGCACUUUUGCCCAUGACCCAACGGUAGUCAAGACGCCGAACGGCCAGUAUCUCAUGGCCUAUACAGCACCCGGCAUCGCCCUCAAGACGUCCUCCGACCGCACCGUCUGGCGGGACGCCGGUCUUGCCUUUACCAAUGCCAACGCCCCAUGGACGCAACCAUACACAGGCGCCACGAACGAGAAUCUCUGGGCCCCAGACCUUUCGUACCACAACGGCAAGUACUACUUAUACUACUCUGCCUCGACUUUUGGCUCGCGCAAAUCCGCCAUUUUCCUGGCCACCAGCACCACGGGCGCAGCAGGCUCAUGGACAAACCUCGGUGUCGUCAUUGAAACGAAUGCGAACAGCGCUUACAACGCCAUCGACCCCAACCUGAUUGUCGACGCUUCCGGAAAGUGGUGGCUGUCUUUUGGUUCCUUUGGAAACGGGCUCAAGUUGAUUUCCAUCAACCCGAGCACCGGCAUGCGCUCAGGCACCAGCAUGGUUGAUAUUGCUAGCCGCGGAAGCGGCGGUGCCAUCGAGGCACCCGUCAUUGUGAGGAACGGCAACUACUACUAUCUUUGGGUCUCGUUCGAUAGGUGUUGCCAGGCUGCUGCUAGUACCUACAACAUCAGGGUCGGCCGAUCGACUAACGUUCAGGGCCCGUACGUUGACCGCAACGGCGUCAACAUGAUGUCGGGUGGCGGUACUGUGGUCUUGGCAUCUCAUGGUACUAUUCGUGGACCCGGUCACAACACUGUCUUCAAGGACAACGAUGCCGAUGUGCUUGUCUACCACUACUAUAGGCAGUCUGAUGGCCAGGCACAGCUGGGAAUUAACCUUCUCCGCUAUGACAACGGUUGGCCCGUUGCCUAUUAA